UCGUCCCAUUGAUCGUAGUACCAGCAUUGCCAUGUCCCCAAAACGGAUAUUAGUAAUUGCCGGCUCCGAUAGUUCGGGCGGAGCCGGCCUCGAAGCAGACCAGAAGGUCAUUGCAGCGCAUGGAUGCUAUGCGAUGACUGCAACAACCGCUUUAACGGCGCAAAACACAUUAGGCGUUCAAGACGUCCACCAUACCCCCCCGCCAUUUGUGAAAAAGCAGAUCGAUGCCUGCAUUGAUGACAUUGGCGUCGAUGUCGUCAAGACUGGUAUGCUCGCAUCUGCAGAAACAGUCGAAGUCGUUGCCGAUGCCUUUCGUCGGCACAAUAUCACUACCUCUGUCGUUGACCCUGUUAUGGUAUCGACAAGCGGGUCCAAUCUUCUUCCCACCGCCGCAAUUGCAACCUUGAUUGGCUCUCUCCUUCCUUUGACAACGCUUCUCACCCCGAAUCUUCCUGAAGCAGAGCUCCUUCUCAAAACGGCUGGCAAGGAGCUGAGAUCACCUGAGAGUGUAGACGACAUCAUCCGCAUCGCCAAGGCAAUCAAAGAGCUUGGACCCAAAUAUGUUUUGGUGAAAGGCGGACAUAUUCCUAUGACGAAGGGGAGACUCGUGCCUAAAGAUGAAGCGGAGAAGCACAUCGUGCUGAAUGUAUUAAUUGGCGAUAAAGACGAUGUGACUGUCAUGGAAACAGCAUAUCUAAGGAGCCGCAAUACACAUGGGACUGGAUGUUCGCUUGCAUCCGCCAUUGCUUGCAAUCUUGCCUCUGGGAUGAAUAUGAAGAGCGCUGUCCAGAAAGCUAAUCUGUACAUCGAGGCGGGGAUCAGAACCGGUUCAGAUAUUGGACGGGGCAGCGGUCCUAUCAAUCACUUCCAUUCGACAUACACAUUACCUUUCGCUCCUGGCGCUUUCAUCAACUACUUACUCGACCGUGAUGACGUGAGAGGACCUUGGCAGAAGUUUACACACCACGACUUCGUGCAGCGGAUGGCGGAUGGAACGUUACCUGUCGCCAACUUCAAGCACUACUUAGUUCAAGACUAUUUGUUUCUGAUUCACUUUGCAAGAGCGAAUGCGCUAGCAUCCUACAAAUCCAAGUCCAUGGAUGACAUUGGCCGCUCCGCGCGGCAAGUCUUGCACCUUCAGACGGAGAUCAAUCUUCAUGUGCAAUUUUGCAAAGACUAUGGAUUGAAUCCAGAAGAUUUGGAAAGGCAAGAAGAAGAUCAAGCAUGCACCGCAUACACAAGAUACGUCUUAGACAUUGGCCAGUCUGAGGAUUGGCUCGCCCUGCAGAUCGCACUCCUGCCCUGUCUCAUCGGAUAUGGCAUCAUCGCCCGGCGGUUAUAUGAUGAUCAAGACACAGUACGAGAAGGAAGCAAGUACUGGAAAUGGAUCGAGACAUAUGUAGCCGAUGACUACCUGGAGGCGAUGCAAAUCGGAAGAGACCUGAUCGAGACACACGCGAGAAAGCAAAGUUCAUCGCGGAUAGACGAGCUGGCUCAAAUCUUCGUACACGCGACUAAUAUGGAGAAGGGCUUCUGGGACAUGGGCCUGGCCGCUAAAGGGUAGUGAGUUCCGACAGCGUCAAUCGAUGAUUCUGUAGAGCUAGUUGCAAAUCACAAAACCGGGACGAAUUGAAAACUCAG